CAAUUAGCGCCGCAGCGCCGCUGCACCAGCUGCAGCCACAGCGCACAGAAGUGUAGAAGUAUUGCCAGCACUCACACGCAAAAAAGCUAGACCGCUUAUAACGAUGGCGUCGCGCAGCACGCGGCAGCUGAUCCAGGAUCAGCAGACGCAGUCGCUUCCGUGCCGCGACUCCCGCUACCGCAUGGGCCCGAGCGUCGCAGCCGUGCUCAAACGGACGAAGCUGACCGCCGCCGUCGUCGGCCAGGCCGCCGCGAAGUACCUCCUGUUGAUCGCGACGAACGCCUACCUCGUCGAGUUGCGCGCACGCGGCGCGCUGGCGGGCGGCGCCGGGAAUCGGAGCUUAGCGGCACUGAGCUGCGGCGCCCAGGGGCACAUGGACCGCGUGUACCGCACGGACGCGCCGUACGUCGCCGAGUCGCGCGCGGUCGUCGAUGCGAGACGGGAGCUCGAACGCGUGUCGGGCGGCCGCGUGCUCGAGGCGUGCCUUGUCUACUUGUACGCCGAGGACUGCUGCGACGAGGCGACGCGCCAGCGCAUCCUCGGCGCGUUCCAGCUGCUGGCGCGCUGCGCCUUCGCCCUCCUCAACCGCCUCGAGCGGCAGCUGCAGGUGCCGCUGAGCCGCCUCGACGUCGAGCGCCUCCUCGUGAUCAUGAAGCGCGAGAUCAUCGUCUCGCGGCGCGCGAUCAUGCCGGAGGCGUUCCCGAAGGGCGGCCCGAAGAAGCCGCUCCUCGUCAUCUGCAUGGCGACGGCGGUCGACGCGCUCACGGGCCAGGUCCAGGCGUCGCGGCCCCUCCUCCUCGCGUGGAUCGCGCUGGUGACGCAGGAGGAGAUCUGCCGCGCCGAUCCGCGGCGGUUCCUCGACUCGGACUUCCACAAGGCGCUCCUCGCCUGCCUCGCCUUCCACUUCGGCUUCGCGCUGCCCACGGACCGGCGCGAGCUCGACAUCAAGCGCGCGCAGUACGGCGUCUCCAAGAAGCUGUACGCCGCGAUCGAGUGCUACUGGGGCUUCGACGACGACGACGACGGCUGCUUCGAGGUCUACUACAGCAUGCCGAAGACGUCCAUCGCGAACGUCCCCGAGCCCAUCGCCACGCAGCUCCUCUCCGACGCGCACACGAAGGGCCCGCACCGGCUCCUCGACCUCGACUCGCCCGCGACCGUCAAGCUCAUCGCCGACGCCUACAAUCACGGGUCCCCGUGCGACGCCGUCGAGGUGGCCCACUUCCUGCAGGACCGGGCCUCGUACCAGACCGUCAAGGUCAACGUCUAAGUGAC